AUGGAAGAGGAGCAAAGCAGGCUUGGCCUAGGGUCAUCCACCCCAAAUCCAUCUCUGAAUGUGCAAAAUGUAAGGCUUUGCCAAGGGUUUUGGACCCCUUCUCAACAUGUUCCUUUCAUCUUAUCAUUUCAGAAACAUUUCCAAGCUCUUGACGAUGAUAUCAUCGUCGCCAGCAAGCCCAAAGUCGGCAUUACUUGGCUCAAAGCUCUGGUCUUUACCAUCUUCAACCGCCACCGCUACACCUUAUCAAAUUCCCCCUUGAACUCUGCAAACCCUCGUAAAUCGGUCCCUUAUUUCGAGAUCAAUCUUUUCAACCAAAACCCUAAUCCAAAUCUCUCUAACAUCUCAUCUUCCGUACACAACGUUAGUCGAUUCCGUCAAACGUUUGAAUUAUCGGAUUGUUUAUAUGGUCUGAAAUCCCUUCGACAUCAUUGUCUCACAGUGGCGCUUUUUAAAGGUACACUAAAUAUUGCUGAUUGGCCAUUGGAGGACUGUUUCAAGUUAUUUUGCAGAGGCGAAGAAACAUUUGGACCUUUAUGGGACCAUGCUUUGGGGUACUGA